GAAGAAGUCUAGUUCCGGACGCGGCGGCAGCCGCCGCCAUCUGUCACCCUAACUCCGGCACCAGCCGCAAGUCGCCGCCGCCCCGCUUGUCUCCUUAGCAGAGCCUGCUUCCUGUCCUGCCACUCUCUCCUUAGUAGAGCCUGUUUCCCGUCCUGCCAUCUCUCUCCUCCGCAAAACCUGCUUCCCGCCCUGCCACCUCUCUGCUCUGUUCUUGCUGCUUUCUUCCCCCAAUGGAUCUGGUCGAAGUAGCAUCACCUGAGCCCGGGAGGGCAGCGGCCUGGGGACCCAGCAAGUGUCCAUGGGCUACCCCUCAAAACACAAUAUCCUGUUCUUUGGCUGAUGUAAUGAGUGAACAGUUGGCUAAAGAAUUACAGUUAGAAGAAGAAGCUGCUGCUUUUCCUGAGGUUUCUGUUGCUGAAGGACCAUUUAUUUCUGGAGAAAACACUGAUACUUCCAGCGACCUAAUGCUGGCUCAGAUGCUACAGAUGGAAUUUGACAGAGAAUAUGAUGCACAGCUUAGGCGUGAAGAAAAAAAAUUCAAUGGCGAUAGCAAAGUUUCCAUUUCCUUUGAAAAUUAUCGAAAAGUGCAUCCUUUUGAAGACAGCGAUAGUUCCGAAGAUGAGGUUGACUGGCAGGACACUCGCGAUGAUCCCUACAUACCAGCAAAACCAGUUCCUACUCCCAAAAAGGGUUUUAUUGGAAAAGGAAAAGAUAUCACCACCAAACAUGAUGAAGUGGUAUGUGGCAGAAAGAAUACAGCAAGAAUGGAAAAUUUUGCACCUGGAUUUCAGGUAGGAGAUGGAAUUGGAAUGGAUUUAAAACUGUCAAACCAUGUUUUCAAUGCUUUAAAACAACAUGCCUACUCAGAAGAACGUCGAAGUGCCCGCCUCCAUGAGAAGAAGGAACAUUCUACUGCAGAAAAAGCAGUUGAUCCUAAGACACGUUUACUUAUGUAUAAAAUGGUCAACUCUGGAAUGUUGGAGACAAUCACUGGCUGUAUUAGUACAGGAAAGGAAUCUGUUGUCUUUCAUGCAUAUGGAGGGAGCAUGGAAGAUGAAAAGGAAGAUGGUAAAGCUAUACCUACAGAAUGUGCCAUCAAGGUAUUUAAAACAACCCUUAAUGAGUUUAAGAAUCGUGACAAAUAUAUUAAAGAUGAUUUCAGGUUUAAAGAUCGCUUCAGUAAACUAAAUCCACGUAAGAUCAUCCGCAUGUGGGCAGAAAAAGAAAUGCACAAUCUCACAAGAAUGCAGAGAGCGGGAAUUCCUUGUCCAACAGUUGUACUGCUCAAGAAACACAUUUUAGUUAUGUCUUUUAUUGGCCAUGAUCAAGUUCCAGCCCCUAAAUUAAAAGAAGUAAAGCUCAGUAGUGAAGAAAUGAAAGACGCCUACUAUCAAACUCUUCAUUUGAUGCAGCAGUUAUAUAAUGAAUGUACACUUGUACAUGCCGACCUCAGCGAGUAUAACAUGCUGUGGCAUGCUGGAAAGGUCUGGUUGAUUGAUGUCAGUCAGUCUGUAGAACCAACCCAUCCUCAUGGCCUGGAGUUCUUGUUCCGUGACUGUAGGAAUAUUUCACAGUUUUUCCAGAAAGGAGGAGUAAAGGAAGCCCUUAAUGAACGGGAACUCUUCAAUGCCGUUUCAGGCUUGAAUAUCUCAGCAGACAAUGAAGCUGAUUUCUUAGCAGAGAUAGAAGCUUUGGAGAAAAUGAAUGAAGAUCAUGUUCAGAAGAAUGGAAGGAAAGCGGCUUCAUUUUUGAAAGAUGAUGGAGACCCGCCAGUGCUAUAUGAUGAAUAGUACCUGCACCCACUGCUUUCUUUGUCAACACAAUGGUGAUUGUCUGCUGCAAUAGCUAAUGAAGUUGUGGGUGACUUGACGUACCAAAACAAGGAGGGGUGAACAAUGGUGCUUCUGUGCUUUCCCCCUUGUAACCCAUGUGCCAGAUGUGUGGAAUUUUUAGCUAAGCAUUGAGAGAAUAAAAUGUCACUACCUCUCAUCUUAUGAACAGGAUAAUAUAAUUCUUUAACAGCUGUAGAUCAUCUAGUUGAAGGAAACUGAAUUUUAAAUGACUCAUGAUAUAAAAUGUUUUGAUGAGAAAUUUUAAAACUAGGUAACAUUUCUAAAUAUGGGAAGGAAAGGACAGAUGUGUUUACAAGGGAGGUUUUGUGACCACACCUUUGCGAUAUUCACCUUCCUGUUUUGUGUUGCAUUUUUGCUCAAUUAUUUUAUCAGCCUAAAAUUAGCCUUUCUCAAUUCUUCUUCCAUAUUUUGACCAUGAUUCUAAAAGAAAGUGUCUUCUCCUUAGUGAGUAUUACAAAUGGAGAUUACAAAUGGCCUAUUCCUACUAGCCAUUCUGGUUUCAAAAUGGCUAGUAGGAAUAGGCAUGAGCAAUGUAGUUUUUAUUGGUACAUCUUAAAAAUGAACAGAAUGCUACUUUUCCCAUGCUCAUAAUCAAGAAAAGCAUCAUAGGUUUCUAAAAGAGACAAAUAUAUGAGAACUUCUUUAUCAACCAAAAUUUUAAAUUUAAUUUUCAACUUUUCUACAUUUAGGUUAAAAGGUUGGGAUAUAGCUCACAGCAUGGCUGCUCUACAUUUAUAAUGAAGAUGUAAAUUAUUUAGAGGGACAGAAUAUAAGACUUAACUAUACUUGCUAUAUUUUAAUGAAAUCAGUGAAAGUUCAGAUUACAUUUCAUUAAAACCAUAUACUUAUUGGGCUGGGAUGUAGCUCAGUGGCAAAGCGUCUGCCUUGCAUUCGCAAAGCCCUGGGUUCGACCCCCAGUUCCAAAAAAGACAAAAAAAAGAACCCCACCAAAACCAUAUACUUAUUGAUUAUUGAUUAAUUUUGAGAAAAAUAACUAGAGAUAUUAAAGGAUGAAAAAUAUGUAUAAAGUAAGUCAGAUACCAAACAAACCAACUAAUUUGAGCUGCCUAUUAAAACACUUUUAAUAGUUUUUAGCAAUGGCUACACACUGCCUUUUUUUUUUUUUUAAGAGAAAAGCAAUCACAGUACUGGAAAAGUACUUUGGCUAUGUUAGGACUGAAGUUUAUUAACUACAACAUAAUCAUUCCUCCAAUUACUGAAGUUACACUGGAACCAGUAAAGACCCAAACUUUCUGUCCAGUAGUAGAAAGUAAAAAUCUAAACAUUAUUUACAUUUAGAAGUUUUUCUUUUAACAUUAUUUUAAAAUGCCAAAUAUGUUCUUUCUAGAAAAAUAUUUAUUUUUGUUUCUGUUAUAUAGCUUUUAAUUGCAUUUCAGAGAAGUGUGAUUUGGGGUAGGCUUAUAUUUCUGAAAUGUUUACUACUCUGAAAUAAAGAUUUAGAUCACUGGCAAUUAUUGGCUUUACAGAAAUUUCAGAGAACUAAUUUUUGAAAUAAUCAUUUAAAACUUUGUUUUCUGACAUACUGUUUGACAAAAAGCAGCAAACCAUUGCUUGGAGUGUGCUGUGAACAUGCCUUUUAAGAAAUUAAAAAUGCAGAGAUCAUUUUAGAA